ACGGUCCCUGAAUGUGCCAUUUGUCUGCAAACAUGUGUUCACCCAGUCAGUCUACCCUGUAAGCAUGUUUUCUGCUAUUUGUGUGUAAAGGGAGCUUCAUGGCUUGGAAAGCGCUGUGCCCUCUGUCGACAAGAAAUUCCUGAAGAUUUCCUUGACAAACCAACCUUAUUGUCACCAGAGGAACUCAAGGCAGCAAGUAGAGGAAAUGGUGAAUAUGCAUGGUAUUAUGAAGGAAGAAAUGGGUGGUGGCAAUAUGAUGAGCGCACUAGUAGAGAGCUGGAAGAUGCUUUUUCAAAAGGUAAAAAGAGCACUGAAAUGUUAAUUGCCGGGUUUCUGUAUGUUGCUGAUCUUGAAAAUAUGGUUCAAUAUAGGCGAAAUGAACACGGACGUCGCAGGAAGAUUAAGCGGGAUAUAAUAGAUAUACCAAAGAAGGGAGUAGCUGGACUUAGGCUGGACUGUGAGGCAAAUCCUGUAAACCUAGCGCGCGAGAGCUCUGCCGAUGGAGCGGACAGCGGCUAGGCACCGAGUGGAGCUUCUGUUCAGCCGUUGGUGUCUUCUGUAAGGCCCCUGGCAUCACUAGAUGGUCACUUAACAAGCCCUGCAACACCAUCCCCUGAAGCAAGCGCUUCUCUGGAAGACUCUUUUGCUCAUUUACAACUCAGUGGAGACAGCCUGGCAGAAAGGAGUCAUAGAGGGGAAGGCGAGGAAGAUCACGAGCUGCCACCUUCAGGCCGAGUACCAGCACCAGACAUGUCCACUGAAGACACCGAGUCCGAUGCCAGUAGUGAUGGUGAGGAUGUGGGAGCACUUGUUGCACAACACUCCUUGACCCAGCAGAGACUUUUGGUUCCUAAUGCAAACCAGACAGUAUCUGAUCGAUCAGCAGCAGGGGGUGGACCAGUGAGUGCCAGUGUCAGAUCUAGAAGGCCUGAUGGACAGUGCACAGUAACUGAAGUUUAAAGUUUUCAGCUCCAUGCUCCAGGUUAAAGUGGUUAUCUGUAAAUUUCUGCCCACAUAACAUUAUACUCAUCCCUAGUAGUACAUUUUGGGAGUUGGGGUGGGAAGGGAUAUAGGAAGGAUAGACCUGUAAUUAAAAUGUCUAACAUGUCUGUUAAGAAAUUAUUUAAUAUAAGGAACUUGGGUGUUAAUAGUUGAGAGCUGUUUAGUAAUAACCCAGUUUUCUUGAGGUCUGGUUAGAGUUUUUUUUUCAAUUUCAGUUCUUUUUGGCCAGCGUGUGUCUAUUAUCUGUGCUUUAAUGGUCACAUCUGACUCUUGCCUUUUGUCUUAUUUUUCUGCAUGGA